CGGAUGCUAUGCUCACUUCACUGCAUUUCCUGCACCUGUUAAGCCUAUUUUAAAAGUUUUGCUUCCAGUUUUUCUCCUCAUUGACAUCGACAUUGGGUUAAAAUGUUGCUGCUUCUGAGCUGUGUGAUAAUUGCAGGAAUCACAACAGAAGGCUCACUGAUGACACACCAUGGAGUGAAAGGCAGCUCAAUAUGUCUACAAGCUGGACAUUCAUCAGCUUUUAUGGAUGUUACAUGGAGUUUAAAUGGUGCAGUUAUUGUUUAUAGCAAAAAAUUAAUGUCUAACAACACUGGGAAAAUGGAUUAUUACCCAGGGAAUAACACCUUGCGUAUCAACAAACUUGCAGAAACAGACAGUGGUGAUUAUAAAGUUACAAUUUAUUAUAUGGAAUCAGGACAGUUGAAACAGUCUUCUGAGACCCACCAAUUAAUGGUUCAUGAAGCUGUUCCAACUCCAGUCAUCAGGAUGUCAGUAAUGGGCUCCAACUCAUCUGCUGCAUUCUGCAUCAUAUCAAUAAACUGCUCUGUCCUGGAUGAGUGGUUAUGGACUAUCUGUGAUGAAGACAGCUGCAGGACAAAUCAAAGCUUUUUCAAUAAAUUCAACAUCUCAGUCUCUGCUGAAAACAGAUCUGUGUACUGCAGUGGACACAACCUUGUCAGUACAAGCAAUGUGUCUGCAAGGAUGGAUCAAACAUGCUAUAGGAAAAUUAGCAUUGAAGAUGAAGAGACAGCACCAGCAUUCAGUGUGAUAAUAAUUAUAUUCGCAGUUGCAGCAGGCAUAACCAUUUGUGCAUUUAUUUCCUGUUUGAUUAAGAGACUCUGUUCGACAAAAUGUAAUCAGACAUCCGGCACACAGAUGAACACAGCCAGCCAAUAGAGGACCAACCACAACCUUUGAACAGAGGCUCCACAUCUUCUAGUCAACCAGACGCUGCUUAUGAAAAUGUGGACGUCACCCAGCCCAGCCAGAUUAACAGCACAAGCAGCAACCCAAGGGAAGAGCUGAGGUCAGCGGAAAGUCGGACGGUGGAUACCAUCUACAGUGUUUCAGAACUGCCCAAGACUGCCCAAGAGGCAUCCACUUCAGCAUCUGUCAAUUUCAGGGGGGCAGAGGAUCCCACGCAAGUUGAAACACUGUACAGUGAUUUUAACAAGCCAAAAUGAUAGAGUAACACAUAUGGCAAGCGGUUGUAACAUUUAAAGGUUAAUUUGACUAUCCGGAAUUAAAAUUGUAGAUAUCUGUAAUUCAAUUUCGCCUAGUCAAAAAGAACAUUUCAGAUAUCCGCAAAUACAUUCUGCCUAUCCAAAAUUGUCAUUUCAGAUAUCUACAAUGUCAUUUUGACUAGGUGAAAUUACGUCACUUUUGCCAUUCAUGUGUAUGGGGUUUGUCAUUCUGGAUAUCCACAAUGUCAUUUUGGAUAUCCACAAUGUGAAUUACUGAUAUCUGCAAAUGAAUUGUAGAUAUCUGUAAUUCUAAUUCAAGAUAUCUCUAAUUGCAUUUUGACCAGGCAGAAUUAGAAUUACAGAUAUCUUUAAUUCACCUCAAUUCUGUACAAUUCAAGAUAUCUAUAUGUCCCUUUUUCGGAUAUCUGAAAUCCAAUUUUGACUGGGCAAAAUAAAUUGUAGAUAUCUACAACUGAAUUAUUGAUAUCUUGAAAUGAAUUUUGACGAGGCGAAAUUAAAUUGUAGAUAUAAGUAAAUGUAUUUCUGCCUAGUCAAAAUGUAAUUAAAGAUAUCUUGAAUUAGAAUUUUGACUAGGUGAAAUGACGUUGCAGAUAUCUGUAAUUAUGACAAAUUUGGCCUGCCCACCACUUUGGGUGGGAGCGGAGCAGGUUGUUGUUCAAAUCAUCAAAUCUAUGGAAAUCCACUCGCCAUACAUGUCACAUUGUAGGCCUACCUGUGUGAGCCAAAGCCAUGACUGCUUCUUUCUUCCUCUAUUCAUAGAAAUAAGGAAAUAAACCCACUUCUUGUUUGAUUAUGGUGGGAAGGGGAAAUGAUGUAUUUCUGGAUAUCCAAAAUAGAGCAGCGUCAUUGAUGGCGUCAUUGAUGACAUUUGAGAUAUCUUUAAUUCACAUUCUGCCUAGGUGAAACUGAAUUACAGAUAUCUGUAAUAGUUAUUUCGCCUAGUCAAAAGGUUAUACAUGUAUUUUUACCAAAUGUUUUUCUUAAUUUCAUUUUGUUUUGGCUUACUGUUAUUUUUUAAAAUUUUCUUUAUAAAAUGUCACGAUCUCUGUAAUUCUCCUAGUUUGGGUAUAUGACCAAAAAGGUAAGUCUAAUUUUCUUCCAACACCAAACCUAAUACUGCGUUUUUAAUCGAAUUUCUUUCCUGCUUAAAAAUGACAAAUUACAAAGAGGCUCAAAGAUGUUUUGUUCUUUUUUUUAUCAAUAAGAAAGAGUUUGUGUAUUAUAAAGAUUGGCUGUGUUAUUGGUGAAGUCACAGAUAAUGGAACAUGACAAAAACAUUCAACAAAAGUCAACUAAAUUUCCCUUUUUGAUAAAAAUGUAAACUGCAAACUUUUAAUAUGCAUUUUGUCAUUUUAGGAAAAGGGAACUAUUUACAUUAACACUGAGGUUCUGGAAUUUUUAUCAGCUUAGAAAUAAGACGAAGAUUAGUGCCCAUGUCUCCAUCAGAUGCAAACAUGUCCAUCAGAAGAAUAUUGAUUAUGAAUUCAUGUUUUAUUGCUUGUUGGUAUUGGCCCUCAGUUUUUACAAUGCUUCCUCGGUCAUGAUACAGUAUAAUCAUUGAGGGGAGACCAUGAUGGUGUUCAUGUUCUCGUACCAUUUUGAGUUGAUGAAGUUUAAGCUGCCUGCUACCUUGAGGACAAUUUUGUAACAAUAAAGUGGCCAAAAAGUUUUGGGGUUAGUUUUUGAUUCAGUAAAGCCAUAUUGCAGAUGGUAGUAAAAGCCAAGUACAACGUAAGUAAACUUGAGGUCGGAUUGUUUUUUUAUUAUUCAAAAAUGGAUCGCUUGGAUUCAAGCUUACAUAAACAUGCUAUAUCUAUUUGUAAGUAUAAUAUUGUUCAGCCAUGCUUAUUGUAUUUUUGCCCAAUGCUGCACUUAAGCUUUGAUUGUAAAAACAAUGUGUUUUCUUUCCACAUAUUCUACUGGUAGCUUUUACAAGAGACAAACAUUGACUUGUCUUUCUACAGCAGUUUUCUACUUUUAUCAUUUCUAAUAAACUGAUAACAACAAAGGUUGGGAUUUAGCUCACUCAUUUGCCAGAAUGAGAAAUGCAAGUGGUGACUAAAUUCAUGUUGUGAACUUGUAACACACUUGUACACAUAAAAAACAUCACAGAUAUUCCAAAGCUGUUAAAAUAUUGUGAAAGAGUAAAUAUAUAUAUAUAUAUUUAAUAAAGAAAACUAUAUUUUUUAUGAAUACUUCUAUUUUGAAUAACUUUAACAGGCCACAGAAUAAACACAAACUUAAAAAAUG